AAGUUUCUCAUGCUCUCAUCUGGAAGAAUCUGAAGCCCUGUAUACAAGACAUUAUCCGAGAUGUUAUUUUUCCACUGAUGUGCACAGAUGCCGACGAGGAACUUUGGCAAGAAGACCCUUACGAAUAUAUACGCACAAAGUAUGAUGUGUUUGAAGAUUUCCUUUCUCCUACCACUGCUGCCCAGACACUUCUGUUUACAGCCUGUAGUAAGAGGAAAGAGGUACUGCAAAAGACGGGAUUUUGUUACCAGAUUCUUACAGAACCAAAUGCUGACCCUCGAAAAAACGAUGGAGCCCUGCAUAGGAUUGGCUCUUUAGCUGAAAUACUUCUGAAGAAAAAGAUCUGUAAAGAUCAGACAGAAUGCAUGUUGCAGAUUCAUGUACUCCCUCUCUUCAGCAGUGAACUAGGCUACGUGAGAGCAAGGGCUUGCUGGGUACUUUACUAUUUUUGUGAAGUGAAGUUCAAAAGUGAUCAGAACCUUCAAACAGCCUUAGAGCUAACAAGAAGAUGUCUGAUUGAUGAUAGAGAAAUGCUUGUGAAAGUGGAAGCUGCCAUUGCCCUUCAAGUAUUGAUCAGCAAUCAAGAAAAAGCUAAAGAAUAUACCAUGCCAUUCAUCAGACCUGUCAUGCAGGCUCUUUUUUGUAUUACAAGAGAAACAGAAAAUGGUGACCUUACCAAUGUAAUUCAGAAAAUGAUCCAUGAAUAUAGUGAAGAAAUUACUCCUAUUGCAGUAGAAAUGACACAACAUUUGGCAAUGACAUUUAACCAAGUAAUCCAGACGGGGCCAGAUGAUGAAGGUAGUGAUGACAAAGCAGUUACUGCUAUGGGAAUUCUUAAUACAAUUGACACACUGAGGGUAGUUGAAGAUCAUAAAGAGAUAACCCAACAGUUCGAGGGAAUCUGCUUACAGGUCAUUGGUACUGUUUUACAACAACAUGUCUUAGAAUUCUCUGAGAUCUUCUCUUUAGCGCACAGUUUGACAUGUGAACAAGUGUCUCCACAGAUGUGGCAGCUCCUUGUAUUUGAAGUCUUUGAGCAAGAUGGCUUUAAUUAUUUUACAGAUAUGAUGCCUUUCCUUCAUAACUAUGUAGCAGUUGAUACAGACACACUUCUGUCUGACACCAAUUAUCUUGAAAUGAUAUACAGUCUGUGCAAAAAGGUUUUUACAGGAGUUGCAGGAGAAGAUGCAGAGUGUCACACAGCAAAAUUGUUUGAGGUCAUCAUUCUGCAGUGCAAAGGGCGUGGCAUUGACCAGAGGAACUGGGGAGUGAUGAAGAUGAUAUUGAUGAAGAUGGGCAAGAAUAUUUGGAGAUUCUGGCUAAGCAGGCUGGUGAUGAUGGAGAUGGUGAAGAUUGAGAUGAUGAUGUGGAAGAGAAUUUUCUGGAAGGCUAUUCCACAAUCAUUGAUAAUGAAGAUAACCCUGUUGAUGAGCAUCAGACAUUUAAAGUUAUCUUUCGAACGAUUCAAAAUCGUAAUCCUGUGUGGUAUCAGGCUCUGACUCAUCGUCUUAAUGAAGAACAAAGAAAACAGUUACCGUAUACAGCAACUCUGACUGAUCAAAGGAGAGCAGCCCAUGAAUCCAAAAUGAUUGAGAAGCAUGGAGGAUACAAAUUCAGUGCCCCAUUUGUGCCAAGUUCUUUCAACUUCGGAGGCCCAGUACCAGGGAUGAAUUGAGUUCUCUCUUUCUUUCCUGCUGUGUGACUGUAGUGAACAGCUUGUGUUCCUCCUAGUCGUGGUUCCAGAACUGGUUCAUGUUAUCUAUUCUAAACUAAUGAUCAAUAGAUGGAAAAAGAAACAACAACCCCAGAGAUGGGACCUGAUCAUGCAGCCUGGCACUGGAAAAGAAACCAGCCGGA